AUGCCGGGCGCACGAAUGAGGAGGAGGAAAAAGGCGAGACAGGAGCGUCAACAGCAAGAAGGAUCCAACGAUGAAGAAGGGAAGGCGAAGUUGUUUGACGACGAUGAGCAAGAAGAGGAAGAGGAAGAAAGCCUGACUGUGAACGAGAAGUUCAAGCAGAGGUUUGAACACAAUGAGAAGCUAAAGGAUAAAAUGAAAUUGAAGGAGCUAGAGGCGCAGUUAGGAGACGACGACUCCUCGAGCACGGAAGAGGACGAAGGAGAUUUGCUGACGGAUAAGAUUGAUCAACAAAUAUUGCAAACGCUGACGAAGAUAAAGAAGAAAGACCCUGAGAUCUACUCUCAAGAUCGCAAGUUCUUCGAGAGUGAGGACGAGGACGAGGACGAGGACGAGGACGAGGACAAGAAGGAAUCCAAAAAGAAGCAUAAACCCAAGACUGUGAUUGAUCUCGAGAGGGAGCGUCUCAUGCGAGGAGAAGUUGACGCUGAUUCUGACGACGAUGCACCACCGAAAAGCGGGGAGGAGCUGACCUAUCCAGAGGAGCAGGAGAGGCUGAAGGCGCUCUUCAAGAGGAAGGAGGAGGAUGCUGAUAGCGAAGAUGACCUGUUCAUGCCCAAGAGCAAGAGCAUGGACGAGAAGGUGAAGGAAGACAAGGAGUACGAGGAGUUCGCCAAGGAUCGCAUGGCUGAGAACGACCCCUCACAGACGCUUGCAAUGUUGCUGAAAGAUGAUGAUGUAGACGACGACGAGCGGUUCUUGCGCAACUAUGUGCUGGGGAAUCAAUGGAAGCAGGAGAGAGAGACUGAUGCGCACGGGGGGAUGGGGAUCGAUGACAGUGAGGACGAGGAGGCGGUGAAGGAUGCGGAGGACUUCGAGGAGAAGUACAACUUCCGGUUCGAGCAGAAGGGCUCUGAGGAGAUUGUGGGACACGCUCGUAACAUCGACGGGUCUGUGAGGAGACAAGACGAGAGGAGGAAGGAGAAGAGGAAGAGAAAGCAGGAGAGGGAGAAGACGAAGCUUGAGCUGCAGAAGGAAGAGCUGAGGAGGUUGAAAAACCUCAAGAAGCAGGAGAUUGUGGAGCGGCUGAAACUGAUCGAGAAGAUCAGUGGAGCCCCGCACGUUGAUGCAAACAAAGUAGACUUGGAGGAUGAGUUUGAUCCAGAGACGUACGACUCUCAGAUGGCCUCCUUGUAUGAUGAAGAAUACUACAAUGCGGAGGAGGAUGCUCAUCCCUUUGCUGAUGCGGCAGCAGAAGAUUUUCUUGACGCCAUCGGAUACGAGUCCUUUGAAGAUGAAGAUGAUGAUGAAGGAAAUCCUGAGUUGUCCCUAGAUGUUGGCCUGACGAUUUCUACAGAGAAUGACAGCGAGGAUGUGGGGGACGAAGCAGGAGGAGAAGCAGAAGCAGGAGGAGAAGCAGAAGCAGGAGGAGAAGCAGGAGGGAAAACGAAGAUUGAGGUUGGGAGUGUGGUUCAGGCCAAGUACCUGGGAGAUGGCUUAUUCUACGAGGGGGUGGUGAAGGCGGUCUCGAAAAAGAACUAUGAGAUUGAGUUUGUCGGCUUCGAAGGAGAGGUACAGAAGACACCCAAGAGCGAGGUAGAGUUGCUGUCGUCCAGGGAGGGAAAGAAGAAGAAGAAAGAGAAGAAGCUCAGUGCUAAGGAGCAGCGAGAGCUCGCGCGGAAGGAGAAGAAGAUGGAGAAGGACAAGUCCGACCCGUCAAAGUCUGCUCGAGCCAAGAUCACAGAUGCGGAGCUGGAGAGCGUCGCAGCCAAGUACGGGGCCAAGGACUUUCUCGAGGAAUACUAUCAGCUGGAUUAUGAAGACAUCAUCGAUGGCGUCCCAACGCGCUUCAAGUAUCGCACUACUGAUCCCAUCGACUUUGGACUUACUCCAGAGGAGAUCCUCAUGCUGGAUGAUCGCGACCUGCGGCAAAUGAUGCCGCUGGCCUACGUCGCUGCUCCUUAUCGACCGCCAAAGUCUAAAGUCGUCGCGAAGCUGCGGAGCAAGGCAAGACGUCUGGCGCGGGAGAAGCUGCAGGGCGAGACGGGAGAGGGGGAGGUGGAGGAGCAGCGCAACGAGAAGAAGAGCGUGAAGGGCAAGAGACGCAGGGACGGGAAGGAAGAGGACGGGGCGAAGUUGAAGAGGAGGAAGUUUGACAAGCAAGAGCGAGGGGACGGCGGCAAGAACAAGGCUGGAGGAAAGGACAAGAAAGACAACAAGGACCUGAGCAGCGACCGCCUGGCCUCCUACACGAUGCACAAGAAGUCAGAGGAGAAAGAUGAAAAGAAGAUCGAGAAAUAUCAAAAAGCGCACGAGAAGCACUCGGGGAAAGGAAGAAGCAAGGAGAACGGGAGGAAGGAGGAGAGAGGAGAGACGUCUCGCAACUCCAAGCACAUCCUCUUCGACGAGGACUGA